ACAACAACCGGCUCCUCGUUAGGCGCGCAUAUCCAAUCAGUCAAUACACGAAAUACCACUCUCCCUUUCUUCAUUCCGUCAGCUGACAACACACAAACAACGAUCAUUAUGCUAAUUCUACAGAUCUGACUGGUCGCCAGCCCCCUCUGACGUCACGUGCGCGUAGACUAUAACAGUACAGAGCGGUCUGGCGUCCUGCUACAGUCUGAAUACUCAGGAGUGAGUGCGAGCUGAACUCUCUGCGGUGCAGAGCUGGAAAAACACAGCACACAUCCACCUCAACGCUGCUUCACUGGCUUAAGGACAUAUUUUGGAGUAUCCGGGAUCGGGACGGGAGCCCUUCUCCGGUACUCAUUUUUGUCUUUUAUUUAUGUUUUGAGUUCAAGUGUGGCGACGGGACGCGCGAGAGAAACUUGACUUUCUCCAGUCCUGCGAGAAGACUCCAAAGACUGCAGCUGUCGAGGUCUGUUCGUCCAUAUGAGGCAAAUGUCUUUUGCAGUGCAUUAGUCCAGAAAGUUUUUUUGCUUUCUCUGUUCGAACAUUUCGAGUGACACUUUAUGCUCCAGCGCUCGAGCGCGUCGCGUUCGGAGACCCAUCCAGAAUAUUGCAUGCGCAAAGAGGGGGAAGAAAGGCAAAAUUCGGGUUUUGCGACGUUGGUAAACACUUUGCUGAAAAACAGGGACACGAUGAGCGCCGAUCUCGCCAUGGGGCCCGAGCUGCCCACCAGCCCGCUGGCGUUGGAAUAUGUCAAUGACUUUGAUUUAAUGAAAUUCGAGGUGAAGAAAGAGGCCAUGGCGGGGCACGACCGCUCCAAUAUACGGCAGUGCAAUCGCCUCCAGCCGCAGGGCUCCGUGUCCUCCACACCGAUCAGCACACCGUGCAGCUCCGUGCCGUCCUCCCCGAGCUUCAGCCCCACGGAACAGAAGAACCAUCUGGAGGAGCUGUACUGGAUGCCCAGCGGCGCUUACCCGCAGCAGAUCGACCCGCAGACGUUAAGCCUGACGCCCGAAGACGCGGUGGAGGCUUUGAUCGGUGCCACGGCCCACGGGCACCCUCCGCCCCCUCAUGUGCAGCAGCAGCUGCAAGCUGGAGGCUUUGAGGGAUACAGGAGCGCGCAUCACCACCACGGCCACGCGCAGCAGCAGCAACAGCAGCCGCAGCACCACCACCACCACCAAUAUGGCGCGAUCCCCCAUCACCCCGACGACCUGCCAGGUCACCCCGGCGCGCACGGCCACCACCACCAUCACCACCACCACCACAGUCAGGACCCCGACAGCCCUUCUCCUACCUCGCCAGGGUCCCACCAGCAGCUCCACCACCGUCACCACCACCAUCACCACCCGCACGCCCACCCGGGCCAGCAGGGUCACCACGGCGUGGGGGGCGGCCUGAACGUGGAGGACCGCUUCUCUGACGACCAGCUGGUGUCCAUGUCCGUACGGGAGCUCAACCGACACCUGCGGGGUUUCACCAAGGACGAGGUGAUCCGCCUGAAGCAGAAACGUCGGACCCUGAAGAACCGGGGCUACGCGCAGUCGUGCCGCUUCAAGCGCGUGCAGCAAAAGCACGUGCUGGAGAACGAGAAGACCCAGCUCAUCAACCAGGUAGAGCAGCUCAAGCAAGAGAUCAACCGGCUGGCCCGAGAGAGAGACGCCUACAAACUCAAGUGCGAGAAACUAACCGGAGCGAACGGGUUCCGUGAGGCAGGAUCCACGAGCGACAACCCGUCCUCUCCAGAGUUCUUUAUGUGAGUGUGCGCUUCUUAUGCCUGAGACUGAGACAUUACGCUCAUUCAGAUAACACAGUACUUGUAUUAGAAGAAUAAUCCACAAGAAAUAAUAAUCUCAUAUGUAACCAUCGCCACCGACAUCGGCAACUAAAAUACGAAGAACAUGUUAGAAUGUUUUCUGGGAAAUGUAGGUUAGUUGCUUGUAGUACUUUUACCCAUUUCGUAGAGAUCUCACAACAAAAGAAAGCGAAGAACUGGCUUUUGUAUUUAGGAUAAAACCUUCAAAUAAGACUUUCUAUCCACCUGGGUUGUUCAUGAAAAAGAAAAAAAGGAAAAAAAAGUCACGAAACUAUGUAUGUGCUAAGCGAAAAAGAGAAACUUUGGACUUUUUUUUCUCACUUGGCCAGAAAAGUUGAGAGCGCCACAAUAUGCAAAACCUCCCCUACUUCUCCUGUAUAACCCGCCUGAGUGAGGCGACAGGGGAACUUUAUGCAACAUCUCAUUGGUUUAUUGCCUGCUUGGUUAUAUAUAGAUAUAUAUUAAAAAGAAAAGGAAAAAACGACAAAAACAAACACAUAAAUCUGCAUUAAGAUAUUAAUCCUGCAUGCUGGACAUGUAUGGUAAUAAUUUCUAUUUUAUACACUUUCUUUCUUUCUUUCUUUCUUUCUUUCUGUUCAUUAUGUAUCAUAAAGAGCAUGUUUUUGAUCUUUAGCUCUUUUUUGUGGAUAUGAGACUGGCUCUCCGGUCGCUCAUUGUAUGGGUUCAUUUGGACUUGUAAAUAUAUGCAACAGCAAACCUACAAACCGACAUCGAAGAGCUGAUUGUUUUCCAACUUUUUAUGAUUUGUUUAAUGUUUUUGGGAUUUCCAGUAAUGGGCAUUUUGCAGUUGCAUUUAAAGUAAGCAAGCUUUGUAAAAGAAGCGCACUUUUUUUGAUUUUGGUAUUGGCAGUUUUCAUUUCGUCUUUUUUGAUUUUUGAUUGUUUCUUUGUUUUGGUAGAAACCGCCUUUAAUGAAGACAUGCCGCUCACAUACAUUCAGUAAUAGCACUCGUUUCAUUUGAACUGAUGCUUAUAGUGUCAUGUCUGAUUGUAGCGAGACACAAGAGUGUGUGUGCGUUUUUUUUUUUUUUUUUUUCGCCCUUCAUGCAGGCUGUUGCAUAAUCUAUUGCUAUUCUAUAAUAUAAGUAAUACUUAUAGGUCAUAUCUUUGGAUUUCAACGAAUGGGCACACUUUCAUCAACAUUUUUUUUUUUUUUUUUUUUUUUUUUUUUUUUUUUUUUGAGCUAUACGAGCUGCCAGUUUUAUAAACCAACAUUUCAAAAUGUAGUUAUUAUAAUCCAGCUCGAGGGUGUAGGCUUCCUAAAUCAGGGGUUUGUGUAUUAUUGCCUAACAUGAAAACUACGCAUGUAUUUCAAUGGAGAGUUUCAAUGAUCAAUGUUAAAUGUUUUCCUUUAUUUUUUUUUUCUGCCGGUCAGUAAAAAAUAAGGGAUUCAGGUUCUGCAUAAUCUCAAAAUGAAAAUUAUAUGUCUCAUGUUAUUGUUCUGUUUUUGUUUUGUUUUAUUAUUAUGUCGAGAUUCUGGUUCUGCUGGCCAGAUGCAUAGUUUUUAUUUUAAUGAUUAAAUUAACAAACUUGUCAGAUCAUAUUGAAUAAGCAUGGUGCUUGCAUCUAAGAAAUAUUGUUAAAAAGUCAUGCAUUUAACAAUCUUUUUGGUUUAUUACUGAUUCAACUGUGUUGAAAUCAAAUGUAAAACUGCAGCAGCGGGUUGUUGUUUUGUUUGUUAAUUUCAUGCUAUUAUGAGGGGAUCAAUUUUCAAAUCUGUUUAUAUAAAUGGAAAAAGAAUAGAGUUCAAUUCGGACUAUUCCAUUCAGGCUGGUUUCUGUUUCGUUUUUGCUGUUUUUGGAAGAAAUGGUUUCCUAUUUUGCUUAUUAAAGUCAGUGAAAUGACA